GAACAAUAUUUAAAUAUUAUUGUGAUAAUAUGAUGUAUACGUGAAUGGUAAUUAUAAUUUAUAUCAAUUCUCUACAUUAUUAUUGGGUGCAGAUCAUAGACGUACGAAAGCAACACUAACACGGUAGACUCAAAUACGCAAUUGCGAACUUCGUGUCAACAAAAACAAAUAAAAGAACAUUAUACAAACAUUAAAUGAACAUUUGUGUACAUUUUUAUUUCAAUUGUGUGUUAUGACAAAUUAAUACGUGUCCGUAUUGUUCCACAAAUUAUAAACUAUGGAAUCUGUUACUACAAGGGUGAACGAUGAGAGACGAAAAAGGGUGUAUGUUGGUGAUUUACCCAAAGACUUCUUACGCCUAGACUUGGUUUCAUUAGAUGAUUCUACUAAUAGAUUGCAACAAGAAGCUGCAGACCAGCAAGCUGCUAUGGCUCUACAACAAUCAUUAUCUUGUGUGCAAGGAGACCGUGAUAGAAAUAGAUUAAAUAUUACAAUAGUACAAGCACGGCUUGUCAAAAACUAUGGAUUAGCCCGAAUGGAUCCAUAUGUACGGCUUAGAAUUGGACAUUGUGUAUAUGAAACUCAAACAGAUCCUAAUGGUGGUAAAACCCCUAAGUGGCAUAAAACUGUUCAAACACUUCCACAAGAAGAUGUCAAUCAAAUUCAUGUAGAAAUAUUUGAUGAAUGUUCUUUCAAAAUGGAUGAACUUAUUGCUUGGACAACAAUACCAAUUCCUAAUCAAAUUUUUAAAGGGGCCACAAUUGAACAGUGGUACAAUCUAACUGGUAAACAAGGACCAAAUAAUGAAGGAACUAUAAAUAUAAUUAUGAGUUUUGGAACUCCACCUAGUUUGGGCUUAACAAGUUCAGUUAUGAUGCUACCUCAAAUGCCAAAAUUCAGCAACUCAAGUGCCGCUUUAACUCCCAUUUACAUUCAACCUUCAGCACCACAAGUGCCAACUCUUAAUGCAGAAGACUUGAAACAAAUUCAAGACAUGUUCCCAAAUAUGGAUAAAGAAACAGUUAAAACUGUUUUUGAAGCAAACAAUGGUAACAAAGAUCUUACCGUUAAUUCUUUACUUCAAUUGGUCGACUAAAUGUUUGUUAAACAGUUAAACUUUUACAUAAAUACAUAAUAUUAUAUUAGUGCCAUGUCAGCAUUUUGGCAACAUAAUUAAAUAAUGCCCGAUAAUUAUCUACUGUGGGUUCUAGCCCUAAUCACUUCUCACUUGCUUUAUUUAAUAAAUCAAAUGUAAAUCAGUUGACACUUAUUGAAUUAUAUUACAAAAAUAAUAUUGUAUCUAGUCCGUAUUAGUAGUAAACAAGUAAUUAAAAGUUAUUUGGUCAAAUUGUCCACAAUUCAUUAAUAAUAUGUGAACUGAAAUCCCGAAAACAUAAUAACAAAAUUAUUAUUAAUCUUUUGUAGUUGAUAAAUAUAUUGAUUCAGGAUUGUUUUGCAGUUAUUAAUAAAUAAUAUUAAUAUUUUGUCAUUUUAUUUUGUUCUGUUAUUGCUAUUUUAAUGUUUAUGAUGAUAUUAUGUACAUGUUUAUCUUUAUUUUAAUAACACAUAAUUUGUUUAAUCAAUUUAUUAAAACUUACGCAUUCCUAAUUUGUAAAUCAAAAUAUUUAUGUAUUUAAGAAGAUAAAAUAGAUAUAUGAUAAUUUGAUUGUUC